GCCGCGGCCCCGCCCGCCCCCCGGCCUGGUUCUGCGCUGCUCGGCAGAGAGCGUCUUUUCCUCGCUCUCUGGCGGCUUGCACGCGCCCUCCUUCCGGACCUCGGGAGUCGCGCAGCUCCCGGCCCGGUCUCCUCCCCGACUGCCUGGCUGCUGGGCCAUGGCGUGGCGGCGGCGGCCCGAGGCCGGCGUCGGGGUCCGCGGCGCGCUGGCGCUGCUGGCGCUGGCUGUGUGCGCGCCCGGGGCCCGGGGGCGGGCAUUCGAGUGGUAUUCGGCCGUGGUGAGCACCGAGUACGUCGACCCGUACACGAACCGCACCGUAUGGAGCGUCUCGGAGAGCGGCCGCUUCGGCGACAGCUCGCCCAAGGAGGGCGCGCAGGGCCUGGUGGGCGUCCCGCGCGCGGCGGAUCGCGACCCCGAGGGCUGCGCGCCAGAUACCCGCUUCCUCGUGCCCGCGCCCGUCGGCCGUGGAGCCGCGCCCUGGGUCGCCCUGGUGGCGCGCGGUGGCUGCACCUUCAAGGACAAGGUGCUGGUGGCUGCACGGAGGAACGCCUCGGCCGUGGUCCUCUACAACGAGGAGAGCCACGGGAACCUCACCGUGCCCAUGUCCCACGCGGGAACAGGAAAUAUAGUGGUCAUUAUGGUUAGCUACCCAAAAGGAAGAGAAAUUAUGGAUCUGGUGCAGAAAGGCAUUGCAGUCAAAAUGACCAUAGGAGUUGGCACCCGUCAUGUGCAGGAGUUCAUCAGUGGUCAGUCUGUGGUAUUUGUGGCCAUUGCCUUUAUCACCAUGAUGAUUAUCUCUUUAGCCUGGCUGAUAUUUUACUAUAUACAGCGUUUCCUAUACACUGGCUCACAGUUUGGAAGUCAGAGUCAUAGAAAAGAAGCUAAGAAAAUUAUUGGCCAACUUCCACUUCAUACUGUAAAGCAUGGAGAAAAGGGAGUCGACGUUGAUGCAGAAAACUGUGCAGUGUGUAUUGAGAAUUUUAAAGUGAAGGAUGUUAUCAGAAUUCUGCCAUGCAAGCAUAUUUUUCAUAGAAUAUGCAUUGACCCAUGGCUUUUGGAUCACCGCACGUGUCCAAUGUGUAAACUUGAUGUCAUCAAAGCCCUGGGAUAUUGGGGAGAGGUGGAGGAUGUGCAGGAGAUGCCCGCUCCAGAAUCUACCCCUGGGAGUGUUUUGGCUGCAAAUUUGAGUAUUACUGUACAAGAGGAGGACAGAAGCGAGGGGAACAAUUUGCCGUCCUCUUCCACUAGUGAGUCUGCACUGCAGUGUGACGCCGGCUUUAAAGAAGAUGCAGGUGAAGACACAGCCUUACUAGAAAUGGGCAGGAGCGACCUUGAACAUGGAAGGCCCGUCUCCUAGCACACAUCCGGGUGACCGCGUCAUGGACAGAGCAUUGACUUCAAUUAAAGGACUUUUUUUUUUUUUUUUUUUUUUGACUUCAGCACAUAGUUUGUAUAUUUGAAAAUAAUGUACAUUCUUUUACCUAUCAGGUUCUGAUUUGAUACACAAAGGGCUAAGAUAUUUUAUUCUUAAAGAGAUGUUUUGAUUAGUCUUAAUAUAUUUAUCUACUAAAAUAUAUCAUUUAUGAUAAACAGUAUGUUGUUUUGGACUCUUACAGAGGAGACCACUAGGAAGGCCCUCUAAAGGGGGUGGCAGGGGGAGGUUUUUCUGAAUACUACUAGACUAGCUACCACGGUACUGUACAAAUGGGAUUUUGUUUCUCAAGGAUGGCUUUAGACUCAGCAACUGAAUUUAGACUAGUGGAAGUGGAAUUGUAUAAUUCACUUCAGUUAUUGAUCACGAGUUUUCCUUGGAGGAAAGGCUUUUCUAGAGCAUUAAACUUAUAAAUGAGAUCUGAGAAAUCUACAGCUUUCUCAAACCUCCGUGUUACUAUAUAGACUUUGAAACCUACGAACACCUUUUCAUUGUUCUCUCUUUGGAAUUAUAGGAAAAGCGUUAGGUGACUUUAGGAUUUGCAUUUUCCCUUUUUAAUCCCUAAUUGCUUGUGAUACCUUAAAGGAGAGGGAAAUUUGUCCAUUUUUUCUACAAAUGAAAAGCUAAGAUCCUUCAUCACACAUGAGCAGUAAGUUCUUCAUUGCCUUAAGGAAAUCAAGCAGGCAGAGGUUUUUGUAAAUGAUGACUGUAUUAGUUCCAACUACAAUUUAAUCUUUACAAUUAAAAGGAUGGAGAACUUUGUUUCUGUUACAAAGUAAGCAGUUUACUUGAUUUAAAGAUCAUGAUCUCCUGUAAUCAUCUAUCCUUUUUAUUCUUGGCUGUUCUCACUUGUAGGUUGAAAGCGGCAGGUGAAUGUAAAGCUUUUGGAGACUGCACUCUUAAAUUUUAUAAAAUUAUUAAGUAAAAACGCACACUUUCUGCUCUCCUCUCCCUUCUUGGAGGUGGAAGUUGAGGAGGGUGAGGGAGAGUUAUUUUUUUAAAACUUGAAACUGUUGUCCUUUGUUGCUUCUAAGCUAGUUGUGUGUAUCUUUAUUUUAUGAGUAAAAAUAAAGGUCUGUUUGGAGUUUUAAAAAA